ACUCACUGCAGUCUGAAACAGCACUAUAUAAUGUCUGAGAGACAAAGACACACACACACAACAGAGUAACAACCAGCAAAUCAAUUACACUGUCUGUGGGGUCAGAGCACCAACUCUAACGGCCAUGUCACAGCCAGGCGAGGUAAAGAAGAAGAAGCGCCCGCCGAUGAAGGAGGAGGACCUGAAAGGAGCUCGCAGUAAACUGGGACUGAAGGGCGAGGUUAAGAGUAAGACCUAUGAGGUCAUGGUGGAGUGUGAGCGUAUGGGAAAAGUGGCUCCAUCUGUGUUCAGUGGCGUGAGGACAGGAAAGGAGACGGUCCUGGGCAAGCCUGCAGAUGCCAACGCUCCUGGAGCCAGCGUGUUCAGCAAGUGAAACACUCUGCAACCUGAAACCAGACAAAUAUAACACUGAAUGAACACACACUGUCAGCUUUGUGCGUCUGAGUCAGUGACAUAAAAGUUGGUAUUUUUGCUUGUUAAAUGAAGAUUUUAUGGAAUUAAAGACAGGAAUGUGGUUUAUUGCUACCAUGUUUAUGUUACUAUUAUAUAUUGUAAUUUUUUUUUACUAUUUUCCUAAAUAAACUGUAACUGUGAAGUAA